AUGUUGUCAAUUCUGAGAAAAGCCCGACUGAAGGACAAGGAGAUGCGUAUAUUGAUGCUGGGCCUCGACAAUGCCGGCAAGACGACCAUCGUUAAGAAAAUCAUGAACGAGGAUGUCAACAGCGUCAGCCCGACACUCGGCUUCAUCAUCAAGACGAUCGAGUACGAGGGUUACAAACUCAAUAUAUGGGAUGUCGGCGGUCAGAAGACGCUGCGCACGUACUGGAAGAACUACUUUGAGAAAACGGACACGCUUAUAUGGGUCCGUCUGAUGGGGGCGAGCCUGCUUGUUUUCAAGAAUAAGAGCGAUGUUCCCGGGUCGAUGAGUGAUGACGAGAUACGUCAGGGGCUGAUGCUCGACAGCAUCACCACGCACAAGUGGACCAUCAUGGCGUGCAGCGCCAUGACAGGGCAGAAUCUGGAGGAGGGGCUGCGCUGGGUAAUCCAAGACGCCAGGGACCGCCUGUUCCUGUUCUGA